AUGUCUAUUGGCAACAAGGCUCCAUCCAUUGCGGAUGCCCACUCCGAGGACGAUGAGUGGGAAGACAUUCCCGAAACAAAGCCGGCUCGGAGGGGCACUGGUUCUCGAUCGAGCUCCGUUCUGAGCGCCGCCCCUCCUUCACCAAGAGCGGGCACCCCGAGACGUCGUCCUGGGAAGACUACGGUAUUCGUGGCUCAAUCGACACCGGCGCGCCGCACCGCCAAGCCCCGCAAGCAGCCGCUCAUCGAUCGCGAAGACGUGGAGGACGCUUUGAAGCUCGGCGCUGUGUCCUCCUUUUCCUACAUCUUCUCCAUCAUCUCCCAUGCGCUGUCUCUCCUCCGUCGACCACUCGGCUUCUUCCUCUUCUUGUGGCUCGUUGGCAUCAUACUGACGAUGCUGUCAGCCACAUUCCGUACUAUUGCCGCGCCUGUAUGUUGGAUCCCGUUCAUCUCUAGCACGCGGAUGUGCUACUUCGCCAACCAGCUCGGCAACCCCGACGACCAGAAAGUGAAAUGGGUCGACUACCCUCGGCUCGUCGAUAUCCAGAGUUCCAACUUCGAGCAGCUGCUGGGCAGCUCCGUCGGAGGUUCGGCGCUCAGUCUCGAGAUCAAGAAGGCGGAGAUGGCGACGAAGGACCUCAUAACGCUCGUCAAGGUCAGCGACCUGAACAGUCGCGACUUGCUCUCGCAGUCGCUCUACAGCUUUGUCGAGGACGCGAAGAAGACCGGGCGCGGCCUCCAAAGAGUCACCGCGAAAAUCAACGGCGCCGUCGACACGAUCAUGUCGAUCAACGACCACGCCCUGCACACCAUCGAAGGCGCCAAGCCCGCCGACGGCGUGCUCGCCGUCAUCUGGCCGUUCGGCAGCGCGACCCCGACGUCGCGUGAAGCCGCGCUCGACGCGUUCCGGAUGUCGCUCGACGUGCACGCGUCGGAGAUGGCGAAGCUCGUGCUCGAGCUCACGCGCGCGACGGCGGACCUCGACGCGCUGGACGCGCACCUCGUGACGCUGCACGAGCUGUGCGCGCACGAGAACGUCGCGCUCGGCAAGGCGAAGGACGAGGUGCUCUCCGAGCUGUGGACGUUCCUGGGCGUGAACCGGCGCCGGCUGCGCUCGUUCGACUCCAACUUCGAGCUGCUGCGCAACCUGGGGGAGUACCGCCGGCGCGCGGCGGCGCACAUCGCGGCGGCGUCGCAGACGGUGCUGGCGAUGACGGAGGAGAUGGAGGAUUUGCGGGAGCGGGUGGCCGCGCCGGACCUGACGGGGGACAAGAUCCCGCUCGAGGUGCACAUGAGGAGCAUCCGGAGCGGGAUGGAGAGGAUCCAGGAGCAGAGGGUGAAGGCCAAGGAGCGCGAGGAGCAGCUGAUGAACAAGAUUCUCGGGAUUCAUGAUGCCUAA